AUGGUUUUAGACGGUCUAUCUGAGCUGCAAAGUCUCAGCGCAUCGUCGAAGGUUGCACAAAUCCUUAAAAAUCACCUAGAUGUCGACAAUUCGGACCUUGUGGAAUUCAUUAUACACCUAGCGAAGAAGGCAAAAAAUGCUGCUGACUUCAACCGACUACUCGAUGAAAAUGAAGCUGAGAUGCCCGUGGCGCUCGGAGAGCAACUCUUCAACGUUGUGAGAACUCUGGACCCUCCAAAGAAGAACAAAGAAACGUGGGACGAUAUAAUAGCCGCGGAUGAUGACGAACGACUAAACUUCCCUGCACUCUCCAUGAGGAACAGUGAUAUCAAAAAUGACAACAGACACAAAAUUGAAGUCAAGAAGGAGGGAGAACUAUCAGACUGGGCUAAAGAACUUUUGAAGAAGGAGGCAGGUCAAGUGGACGAGGUCGACAGGGGCAGAGACACCCGAAGAAAUCGGGAUGUACCACAUGAAAGGAAAAGGAGUAGCCGUGGAAGAGAGGCAAAUACACGUGAAAGGGAUGCGAGGGAUGCGUAUAGUGAUUACAAGGAAAGCUACAGAAGGGAUCACCACCGUUCACGAGGCGAUGACAGAGACCGGCGGCGUCGCAGCUAUGAGAGGAGUAGCAGUAGCAGCGAGGAGCGUCCUCCCACAUCGGACAUUAAAGGACAAAUAUUCCUUGGUAGGGUAACCAGAAUUAUGGAAUAUGGUGCCUUCGUAUCGUUUCGUACCAAAACUAGGAGGCAUGCAGGUCUCCUACACGUAUCGGAAAUACUCCCGGGGAAACGCAGGCUGCUGGAUGUCAGAGAAGUUUUAGAAGAAGAUAUGGAUGUUUAUGUUAAGGUCCUUGCGGUAAACGGUGACAAGGUUAAUCUGUCAAUGAAAACAGUGGACCAAAAAACAGGAAAAGAGGAUGCCAGCCGAACCGCAUCUUCAAUAAGUGAGGACACCCAAGUCAGGCGUGCACCAACUAGUAUGAUGGGAGAAUCGACCAAUGCCUCGUUAAACAAUUAUGCGCAUGACGUUGAGGGCAGAAAACGGCGUAUGGUCACUGAUCUUGAGAGGUGGGAACAGCAGCAGUUAAUUAACAGCGGUGUUCUAACGAAAGGGGAGCGCAUGGGCAUGAAUUUAAAUCCAGAUCGCGAUGUGGUAGAGGAGGAGAUAGAAAUCGAAAUUAAUGAAGCGUGUCCCACCUUCCUCAAGGGUCAAACGAGACGUUCAGGCAUCGAGUUAUCGCCAAUUAAAAUCGUAUCAAACCCAGAGGGCUCACUUGCCAGGGCUAUAACUACAAGCUCGACAAUCGCAAAGGAACGAAGAGAUGCCGAAAGAGCGCAAGAGGAUCAUCACGUAAUGGCAACCCGUCACGAUGACACAAGUGGCGGGGAAAGUUUUAACUUGCGCCAGGGAGGUAGUACCACCGCACAGUUCAUGAUGGAAUUGCAAAAGGCCAAUCGCAUGCAUAAAAGGGAACACGGUCCGGGUGAUAGAGGGCAGCAGAAACAUACUACUGUGGGGUCGAUUAAGGAACAGCGAGAGUCGUUGCCAAUUUACAGUUUCAGGGAAGAUCUACUGCAGGCUGUUAGUGAAAAUGAUGUACUCAUCGUAGUGGGUGAAACCGGAAGCGGAAAGAGUACACAGAUACCCCAAUACCUCGCGGAAAGUGGGUACAAUUGUGGGGAAAAUGGCAGCGUCAGAGUCAUAGGGUGCACUCAGCCGAGAAGGGUGGCCGCAAUCUCAGUGGCAAAGCGCGUAGCUGAGGAAGUUGGUUGCAGGCUGGGUCAAGAAGUCGGAUACUGCAUACGAUUUGAAGAUUGCACAACAAAAGACACCAUGAUCAAGUUCAUGACUGACGGUAUGCUGCUGAGAGAGGUGCUGCAGGACCCUAUGCUUGAGCGGUACUCCUGCAUCAUGCUCGACGAGGCACAUGAGCGCACCAUAGCUACAGAUGUACUGUUCGCACUGCUCAAGGAAUGCUGCGCAAAGCGAACUAAUUUCAAGCUCAUCGUCACCUCUGCUACACUGGAAGCAGAAAAGUUUUCUGCAUACUUCAACGACUCCAGCAUUUUUUCAAUACCCGGUAGAAUGUUCCCAGUGGAGAUACUGCAUACCAAGGAGCAGGAGAGUGACUAUAUAGAGGCGUCCUUGAUUACAGUGCUCAACAUCCACUUAAACGAACCUGCUGGUGACAUAUUGCUUUUCCUCACUGGGCAAGAAGAGAUCGACUUAGCGUGUAGAACACUGCAUGAACGUAUGAAGAGGCUUCAGUCAGUAUCGCCACCGCCUCUGAUAAUUUUGCCUGUAUAUGCGGCGUUGCCAGGAGAAAUGCAAAGCGCAAUCUUUGAACCAACACCACCUGGCUGCAGGAAGUGUGUUAUAGCGACUAAUAUCGCAGAAGCAUCAUUAACCAUAGACGGCAUAUUCUACGUCAUCGACCCUGGCUUCGCCAAAGUAAAGAGGUAUAACCCGAGAACGGGCAUGGAAUCUCUAGUGGUCGUGCCCAUAUCGCAAGCAAGCGCAAAGCAGAGAGCGGGAAGAGCAGGCAGAACUGGCCCCGGGAAGUGCUACAGGCUGUAUACGGAGGAUUCAUACAGGUCAGAAAUGCUUCCCAUGGCUGUUCCAGAAAUACAACGAACAAAUCUUGCCAAUGUCGUUAUCUUGCUCAAGGCAAUGGGAAUCAACGAUUUCCUGAAUUUCGACUUCAUGGACAAACCCCCUGUCGAAACGUUAAUCGAUGCGUUGGACAAUCUCUACCACCUAGGUGCCCUCGACGACGAAGGCCUGCUGACCAGGCUUGGGCGGAAAAUGGCAGAAUUCCCCAUGGACCCUAACAUGGCAAAAAUGCUCCUUACCUCAAUAGAACUGGGGUGUUCCGAUGAAAUAAUCACCAUUGUUUCAAUGCUGUCCAUACAGAACAUUUUUUACAGACCUCAGGACAAACAAGCGCAGGCGGACAGGGCGAAAUCGCGAUUCACGCAGGCAGAAGGGGAUCAUCUUACAUUAUUAGAAGUGUACAACCGGUGGAGGCAGAAUAAAUUCUCUUCCCUUUGGUGUCACGAAAAUUUCAUUCAGUCGCGUGCGUUGCUAAGGGCACAGGAAGUACGAAAACAACUCAUAUCAAUAAUGGACAGGUACAAUUUCAGGGUAAAGUCGUGUGGCAACGAUACAGAGAAGGUUGCGAAGUCUGUCUGCGCCGGGUUCUUCCACCACUCAGCCCGCAGGGAUCCACAGGAGGGGUAUCGCACCAUACUGGAUCAGCAGAACGUGUUUAUACACCCCUCUUCAGCUCUGUACAACAGGUCACCGGAAUACGUUGUGUACCACGAGCUGGUUAUGACUACAAAGGAGUACAUGCGAGACCUCACCACAGUCAAGGCGCAAUGGCUCCUCGAACUGGCGCCAUCCAUGUUCAAGAAGUGCGAAGGAGUGAGCAAGGCCAAGAUGGGUCAAAAAAUCGAACCGCUUCAUAAGAAAUUCGAAGAAAAGGACGCGUGGAGGCUCUCCAAACGCAGAGGGUAA